AUGGGCGUCAGGAUUGCCAUUCGAGAACAGCUCGCCUUCCUCGUGGUGAUUGCUGUUCUUGUUGGUUUGAUGAUCCUGUCCGUUCCCGUCUGGAUCUACGUAAAUCAAUUUGUUGCCCAGGUCGAAGGACGCGAGCUUGCCCUCACUGCCUCGCUCAAGGCUUCGCGCAUAUCCGCAGAGGUCGAACUCGUCCAGACCAGCUGCAUCACCAUAUCCUCCCGAAUCCUCAUCCAGAAUUCACUGUUCAGCUUCUACGAUGGCAACAACACUAUGGAGAACUGGGCUUCCGCUAAGGGCGACCUCGACAGUGCCCUUAGUGUAGGCUCCCUCACUGGUCUCCUACAGGGGAGAAUUUACUCGCGCAAUACUACGGGCAAUUCAUUCGGCUUGGUCAACGUCACGGGCGAGAAGGUUCCGGAAAUCCGGCUGCCCUGGAGUGCCAGCGGUAACCCAGCCUAUCUUUCAGAUACGCCUGAGGGCUAUCCUCCAGAUCUCUACCCAAAUAUUACCUACGAAGAUCUUGGCCGCCAAAACCAGUUUAGGAACAAUACUAGGGCCUUCGCUGCAAAUGCCUUUCCUGGCGUUCGCAUAUCGACCAAUGGCGGCUUGCUUCUUGGCCCGCUAGUCAUCAAUGAGACGGCAGCACUGAUGUCGAUAACCAUACCCAUCCGCUACAACCAGCAACAGGACUUCAUCAUUGGCUACAUGACACUUGUUGGCCUAGCAAACUCACUUACUAAUAUCCGCAAUUCUCGCGAGGGCUUGGGCGAAACUGGGCUUGUUCUCCUCGUUGGCCCCGUGAACCAAUCGAAUAGGUUCUCUGCUGAAAAUCCCGCCAGCAACGCAACCUUCUUGCCUGAUCGAGAGAAGUCAGGAAAUGUGCCCGUGAAAUUUGUCCUGCCGCCUAACCCGCUACCCGGACAAGCUGACCGACAUCACGAGCGGAGCUGGUCGAGCAAUAAAGAUGACCAGCCAUUUCCUAUGAAGGAUUACCCAGCAGUUUGGGAUUCAUUUUCUAAGCGAUACGUGUCGCCUAACAACUCGAGCUCUAUGCUAUCAACGCGAAACGAACAGGGUCUACCCGUCGCUGUCGGGUUUGCAAGAACCAACACCGCCCUCGUCAACUGGACUGUGAUUGUGGAGCAGGCAAAGGCUGAAGCAGAUGCUCCUAUAAACACGCUGCGCAAUAUCAUUCUUGGUUGCGUCUUUGGCACAGCGGGGCUGAUAGUGAUACUAAUCUUCCCAUGCGCACAUCUCAGCGUUAUGCCUAUCCGGAGACUAAAGGCGGCGACUGAAAAGACUGUUCAGCCACCAGGCUACGAGGACGGAGACUAUGCCGAUUUCGAUGACGACGAAACUCCUGGUUCUGGUGCUAUUUCGGCACGGUCUCAACGAUCAAAGAAGGACGGAAUCAUCGCGGGCUUUUAUAAGUUGGUCGGGUACAAGCCCAGGGAAAAGGCCGCUUCCGAUCACGACCGUGAUUCGACGCGCAGAAUAUUCAAAAUCCCCGGCAAAGUCAAUGACCGAAAACAUUUCAUCACCGACGAGCUUACUGAGCUGACCCAAACUUUUAAUGACAUGAGUGACGAGUUGUGCAAGCAAUAUGUCUCGCUCGACCAAAAGGUUUUGGAGCGGACACGAGAGCUUGAAAUCAGCAAGAAGGCUGCCGAGGCUGCCAAUGAAAGCAAGACCCUCUUCAUUGCCAAUAUCUCUCACGAGCUGAAGACGCCAUUGAACGGAAUCCUCGGCAUGUGCGCCGUCUGUAUGGAGGAGAACGACAUUCUCAGGAUCAAACAAUCAUUGAAGACUCUGUAUAAAUCAGGCGAUUUGCUACUUCACCUGCUUGAGGAUCUCUUGAGCUUCUCAAAGAACCAAAUCGGCCAACAGCUCAAUCUCGAGGAGAAGGAGUUCCGAUUGGCCGACAUUAGGUCACAGAUCCUGACCAUCUUCGACAAGCAAGUCAGAGAAGGAAGAAUCACGCUGACUGUCAACUUCCUCGGCUCCGAGACCAUUGAGUUGAGUAGUAGUCCCGAAAGAAGAAGCAUGGACACGAGGCUGCCGGCUCUGGGACCACACGGCGCCGGCAGGUUGAAAGAUAUGUGCCUCUGGGGUGACCAGCACAGAAUUCUACAGGUUAUCAUCAAUCUCGUUAGCAACAGUCUAAAGUUCACGCCAGCAGGUGGCAGGGUCGAUGUCCGAAUCAAAUGUAUUGGCGAGGUAGAGGCUUCGGUAUUAAACGGGGACAAUAGUCGAUCCUCCUCGUUUUCCAAGGACUCUCGGAGACACGGAAGGUCGCGGCAUCGGGUCGGCUCUAGCUCAACCCAUUCAGCAAGCUCUAAAGCCAACUCAACCUCGGAGAAUUUGAAGGGCACUGCCUUGGCUAUCAACCCUAUGGAACCCAAGUCGACUCCGCACAUUCACAUUCGAGAACGGUCUCCCACGCCGCCACCGCCAGGAGCGAAAUCUUACAUGUUUGAAUUCGAAGUGGAGGAUACGGGCCCGGGUAUUGCGGAGCACAUGCAACAAAAAGUCUUUGAACCUUUCGUUCAGGGCGAUCUGGGUCUCAGCAAGAAGUUUGGUGGCACAGGAUUGGGGUUGAGUAUCUGCCACCAAUUGGCAACUCUCAUGGGCGGGUCUAUAUCUCUCAAGAGUACCGUUGGUGUUGGUACCACGUUCACCAUGCAGAUCCCUCUCAAAUACGUCAAGGACAGGACUUCAAGCACGGCAUCUAGUAGUAUUAAAUCCAGACCACCGAGCGUCGAUACAAUUGAUCCUUCAGAUAUCCCGCAGAACCCGAAACGCAACUCUGUCGGAACGCCUAUUAAGCCUAGUAACGAAACGAAAGCCCAGAACCUGUUGGAACAGCAGCCUCGACUAGUGGGCCUCAGCCAGCCUUUCUUCGCGUCAAAUCCCGCCCCGAAAGCGAAGCGAAGCACAAAGGAUCACAUGGCUGCGAUCGAUGCUGCAAUGGCUUCAAAGGGAGACCAAGAGGGAAAGCUGCGAGUCCUUGUUGCUGACGAUAAUUCAACCAAUAUCGAAGUAGUCAGCAAAAUGCUCAAGCUUGAGGACGUUUACGACGUCACGAUUGCCAAGGACGGACAAGAGGCCUAUGAUCUUGUCAAGGCUAACAUGGAUAACAACCAGCGGUUUGAUGUCAUCUUUAUGGACAUCCAGAUGCCAAAUCUUGAUGGCUUGCAGUCCACGAAGCUCAUCCGUAAGAUGGGUUACAAGGCGCCCAUCGUGGCCUUGACGGCGUUCUCAGAAGAAAGCAAUGUCAAAGAGUGCAUUGAGAGCGGCAUGGACGAGUUCCUGAGCAAACCCAUCCGGCGCCCCGCGCUGAAACAGGUGCUGAAGAAGUUCGCGACUAUUCCCGAGGAGCCCGAGACAACCAGUCUGACCAGGAAGACAACACCAGAACAGAGGCCCUCAGAAAAACCCGCGAAUGGCUCAACGGCUCAAACUCUUAAUGAGAAAGAAGACGCGAUCCAACCAAAUGGCAAAGCCGCCGCCCCAUCAUCGGAGCAAUACUUCUCAGAAAAGGGGACAUGA